AUGAAGCUGCGACAUGGAGAUCAAACGGAGGAGCGCUUUUAGGACUGAGCAGUAAGGCUGUACACUGCACACAUUUCACGGACGAGGAUUUGGAAAACUAGGCUUCGUUGUCAUCGAAUGCCACGGUCCCUGAAUUCCACUGCGGGCCUUAAAUUUAUAGCAAAGUGAAUUUCCCCUCUAACGUGCAGAUAGAAAAUGUACUUUGAGACUCAAUAACGCGGCCGGAUCUCUUUUGCGCUAGAUAUGGACAAUGGAGAAAUUGCGUGUAAGUAGCUGACCUUGUUGUUUUAGGGGCAGAUCGCAAAGUUUGAGCACAGUUAGGAGGCGAUCAGGAGAAGCUGAGACUGAUUGACCAACGUGCAUUGCUGUGGUGAUUUCUUUGGAUUUAAUUGAGAUGUAUAAAACGAGUGUCCAUUGCAACUGAGUGAAAGUGACAAGAAUCCACGAGCGCUGUGCGUGCGUAAUUCACGUGGAGGCGCCGACGUAAACUAAAAGUACUAGAACGUGCCUGUUUAGAUUUUCCACAAAGUACAGUUUUGCUUUGCUUCACUAUGAGUUUAGUCGGAGGAUUUCCUCACCAUCCCGUGGUGCAUCACGAUGGCUACUCGUUUGCCGCGGCCGCAGCUGCCAGCCGAUGCCAUGAAGAAAAUCCGUACUUCCACGGGUGGCUCAUCAGCCAUCCAGAAAUGUCUCCACCCGACUACAGCAUGGCACCCGCGUACAGUCCCGAAUAUGCAAAUGGUGCGGCGGGUCUCGAACACUCGCAUUACGGUGGAGUUCCGGGAGCCGGCGCCGUCGGAAUCGGACCCCGUCCCGUCAAACGGAGACCCACGGCCAACCGAAAGGAGAGGCGUAGGACUCAAAGUAUCAACAGCGCCUUUGCCGAGCUCAGAGAGUGCAUCCCCAACGUGCCAGCAGACACAAAGCUGUCAAAAAUAAAGACUCUUCGGCUGGCUACCAGCUACAUCGCCUACCUCAUGGACAUUUUAGACAAGGACGAGCAGAACGGAGAAGCCGAAGCUUUUAAAGCGGAAUUCAAAAAGACGGACGCCAAAGAGGAGAGGAGAAAGAAAGAAGUGAAUGAAGUUUUGAAAAGUUCUGCAAGCAACAGCGACAAGAAAACCAAAGGAAGAACGGGGUGGCCGCAGCACGUCUGGGCGCUGGAACUCAAACAGUGAAGAAUCGCCCCCAAUGACUUGAAAAGUCUUCUAGACUCCUUUUUAAUUUGUACUCUCGCAUUAUUUAAUGGAAUAUUUAUGUGCAAUUUCCCAAAAAUGGAGAGUGGAUAUUUGAAGAAAACCAUUCCAUUUUUUAAAGAGGAGAAGACCUUUUUGGUAAGGGAUUGUGUAUUUUUGUCUCUUGUGGUGAAUGUGUUUCCUAGUGUAAGCCAAGCAACAUGUUUGGCAAUAACGUGUAUGUGAAGCAAAGUUUUUCCCCCCUCACUCACUCUCUAUUUCUUCCACCGUUUCUUAGGAUAUAAAAUAUUAAUGGAGCAAAAAUGGUAUUGAUGCGAUUCAAGAGACAUUUUAAUGUUACGAAGUGUUGUGUUGUCUUUUUGUGGUUGUCUGGUGAUGUUAAAGAGAUGUUCCGUCCACUCAAGUGCACUUCCGUCCAUUUGCAAGAAAAUUAAAUAAUAUUGGAGAUGUAAACAAUGUAAUUAAUUCAAUAAACCACUGUUUGUUUUUAAACGAA